GAACAGAGUGAGCGCUAGCCAAAAUUAUAUAAGCCGCGCGACGACGACGACGCCGCCGUCCGACCGACCGGGCUGGGCCUUAUAGAAAUAUAUUUUUUGGGCCCGCAUGCUUCCGUGUCGUGGGUCGUGGGCUGGGUUUAGCGGGUCGUGAACCGGGUCGGCGGAGAAAAUGAGGAAAAUUCCCUUGGUUACAACAAAUUGAUCCAGAUUAUGUGGAUAUUGCAAAACGUGCCGUAUCCUAUUGUCACGGUCUUCCCUUGGCUUUGGAGGUGAUAGGUUCUCACUUAUUUGGAAAAAGUUUAGCUGUAUGGAAAUCUUCAUUGGAUAAAUAUGAAAAAGUCCCUCAUAAAGAAAUCCAUGAUAUUCUUAAAGUUAGCUAUGAUGAUUUGGAAGAAGAUGAGAAGGUGAUGACAGGAAUCAUGAGGCAGGAAUCAAUGUUGGAGCCUGGAAAACGCAGUAGAUUGUAGAUUAUGGUUUAGUGAUGACAUUGUUCAUGUUUUAGAAGAAAACAAGGGAACUGAUACAAUUGAAGUCAUAAUCGCCGACUUGCACAAGGACAGAAAAGUGAAAUGGUGUGGAAAAGCCUUUGGGCAGAUGAAGAACUUGAGAAUUCUUAUAAUUAGAAAUGCAAAUUUUUCCAGAGGUCCUCGAAUUCUACCAAAUAGUUUGAAAGUGCUAGAUUGGAGUGGAUAUCAAUCAUCCUCUAUACCAUUCAUUUUCAAUCCAAAGAAUCUUGCAAUACUUAACCUUCCUAAAAGUUUCCUUAAACGGUUUGAAUCACUCAAGGUGUUUGAGAAGUUGAACUUUCUGGAUUUUGAAGGCUGCAAAUUCCUUACUGAAAUACGUAGUUUAUCUAGAGUGCCAAAUUUAGGGGCACUGUGUCUUGAUUAUUGCACUAAUUUAUUUCAAAUCGAUGAAUCAAUUGGGUUUCUUGAUAAGCUUGUGUUAUUAAGUGCUCAAGGAUGCACCCAACUAGAAAGUUUGGUUCCCUACAUCAACUUGCCAUCUUUAGAGACUUUAGAUCUAAGGGGUUGCUCGCGUCUUGAGAGGUUCCCAGAAGUAUUGGGAGUGAUGGAGAAUAUAAAAGAUGUUCAUUUAGACCAGACUGCCCUAGAACAAAUACCUUUUACCAUUGGAAAUCUUGUUGGUCUCCAACGUUUGUUCUUGCGGGGAUGCCAAGGGAUGAUUCAGCUACCAAACUACAUAUUGCCCAAACUUGAGAUAAUAACAACAUAUGGUUGUAGGGGGUUUCGAUCAUCAAAAGACGAAGGAAAAGUGAGUCCAAAAGUGUUUACAAAUGCUAUGUGUGUUUAUUAUGAAUAUGGGAAGUCCUUCCUUAAUGUGUAUUCUCUUAAUAUAAGCUCCAAUAUUGUCAUAGAAGUAUGUAGUCUUCCGUGGACUCAACUUGUGAAUGAACUUAAAAAGCUUCGUUUUGAUCUCUCAUUUAACUCGAAUAUUCAGGUGAGAGUAUUUGCAGGUAAGCUUUGUAGCAAUGAAUCACUAGUGUGUUUUUGGUUUCGAAAAAAAUUCCCCAGGAUAGCUCUUUGGUGUAUUUUAGAACCUAAAAAGCAUUUUGACAACAAUAUGGUGCUGAAGCAUUUUGACAACAAUAUGGUGCUGGAUGUCAAGUUCAAUGUAGUCAUCAACGGCACUAAGCAACUCUCUACUUCGUGUGAAUACAUAUUUUAUACGCGUAAAAUGACUGACCAAAUACUUAGUUGUGAUUUACAAUGCAAAUCGGAGGUUAUAUUCUCAGAGAAGGAGUGGAACCAUGUGGAGAUUUUAUGUGAGAUAGAAUAUCUCAUGCCAUGUGAUUCUAAAAGGGUCAUGACCUACCACGACCGGACCACUAAGAGGAUUCUCAAGUGGUCUGUCAUAUAUGUGUACCCAGAAAACAAUAAGGAUGAUUUCAGUUUCAUUAACAACCCUGAUUUUCCUCUGUCACCUGAACAAAAAUUUCAAGAGCAGAGGAGAAUACGUUAUAUGUACUCCACUUUCAAUAAAUUUGAAUGAGCAUGUUACUAGAUUUGUGCUAGAACCAUAUGAUGGUUUUUUGAAGUACACGAGCAUGAAAUUGCAUGCCAGACAUCUCAUCAUCCUAGUUUGAAAGAAGCUUGAGGCUUGAGAAGUGUGAGAUAAUAUAUUUACAUCAUUGUUCUUGCAUUGGAUAUUGAACUUGGCAUAGUUUGAAGUGUAACUCAUUGAGAUAUAUUUUUUAUUUUUUAUUUUUUUUACCCUUUUUAUCUC